AUGACAACUCCUGAUGAAAGCCUCUAUAUCGGCUGCAAAGCCCACGUGGAUGGUAUUCAGACUUCAUACGGAUACGUACCAUCAAAAGCAGCAGGCAUUGCAUUCUGCGUGCUCUUUGGUCUAUCCAUGAUCGCUCAUAUCGCUCAACUCUGCUGGAAAAGAACAUGGGUGUACAGUGUCUUUGCUAUCGGAUGCUUGGUGGAAUUGAUCGGAUGGGCUGGCCGUACCUGGUCUGCUGAAUGCCCAUAUAACUCGACUGCGUUUCUCAUUCAGAUCUCAACUUUGAUCAUCGCACCGACCUUCUUCACGGCUGGGAUCUACGUCCUCCUCGGCAGAUUAAUCCGACUCUACGGUCGUGAAUGCUCUAUACUCUCACCGAAGCUUUACCUCUGGAUUUUUUGCACCUGUGAUGUUGUCUCACUGGUCAUCCAAGCCGCUGGCGGUGGCAUGGCCUCAUCCGAGUCCAACAACAAGGGCGAUACCGCCCCAGGCACAAAUACCAUGGUCGCUGGUAUCGCAUUCCAAUUAUUCUCAAUCACAGCUUUUGUUGUAUGCGCCAUUGACGUCUUCCGCCGUGUGAAGCGCCUUGGUAUGCUUAGUAUGGCAACUAAGGGUCCACUCCGCCCUCUUCUCGCGGCCAUGGUGCUUUCCGUUAUCUGCAUCUAUAUUCGAAGCAUUUAUCGUACCAUUGAGUUAGCUCAGGGCUGGCAUGGGUAUUUGAUUACUCAUCAGUCUUACUUCAUUGGAAUUGAUGGUGUUUUGAUGGUGAUUGCUGUUGGCGUCUUUAAUAUCUGUCACCCUCGGUGGUUGCUGCCUUCGGAGGUUGAUUUUACGUUGCCGAAACAUCGGCCAUCUGAGUCGUCUCAGUCUGAGACGCUAAACUUGAAUACUAUGACAGGCUUCAAGGGUUAUGGAAACAACAAAUAA